AAGAUGAAUCUGAGAAUCACAGUCAAAUACUGGUGAACUGUCUUACCCCAUUUUGAAGUUCGGAGUGCUCGUAACACCGGAGAAUUUGAAAGUGCAAACGUUGAACUGGGGUCUUGUCGUUGUGAAUGACGUGAGUGUGUCCGAACUUUGUGUGAUCAGGGUGUGAAGUCGUUCGAAGGAACGUCCGAAUAUAAUAACAGGUUACCAGAGACUGGUUCGGGGUUCGGGGUUACCCAGAACCGGUUCCGAAGGACACGGGAUCCCGAACCUGUGAACUUAUCUUUCAGAAAGUCGGCAUUCACUUCAAUGACGACGCAAAUGAAGUCCCGCUUCAGAUGGACAAGUCUUGCCCUGCGCGCCAGUGUACUUCCUGCCCCUCUCCCUACCAAACUUGCUGAUCUUUGCAAUGAUCAGACGCUGAGGGAGGAUGUCUGGAUCACCCCGCAUCUGUUAGAGAUAUCCCUCGUUGGAUUGAAGACACCAGUGUAAGAGAUGGCAUUCGAGCGUUGCUUAAACGAGAACGGUGUCAUGAGGAGCAGUGCCGCAUUGAACUCGAAGCAGAUAACCUUUAAGUAGGCCAGGC